CCCGAUUUCCUUGGCUGCUUACGGCUGUCUACGCGUAUGCAGCAUGACCUCCUCAACAAUCAUACCAACAUGGUCUGCUCGCAUUCUUGUUCAGGUAAUAGAAUCUACGGUUGUCUCAAGUCGGACAAUAUUGCUUGUCCUGAUAGAACCUAUCCAUUUCAUUCGCGCGACAGCAAGAUUCGAAGCCAAAUUGCCUCCUCGCUGUUCGCUAGACAAAUAUCGCUGAACUAUAUUAAGGUCGCAUCCCCUAGCCUAACGCUCUCCCUUUAUAUCGAAAAUAUUUGGAGGCCUAAACAUUACUUAACGACUGCAAUCAGCGCAUUUCAUCUACAUUUAACAUAUGGCGCGUGA